CAUAACAAAUAUUCUCUCUACCGGUGUGAUCGCAAAGGCUGAGCAAAAAACAGCAGUCGACGCGAUUGUACUCAAAAAUCGACCAAAGAACAACGCAAGUAGUGCCAACCUAGAUGAAAACAUGGCGUGUAGUCGCACAGCAAUUUUAGAGCUUUAUCGGAAUCUAAUAAAAGAAAGUAAGAAGUGGUGCAGUUAUAACUACAGAGAAUACGCAUUGCGGAAAAUUCGAUACGAAUUUCAACAAAAUAAAUCGCUGCAAGAUCCAGCGAAAAUCGACGAUUGUUACAAAAGGGGAUUGGAAUCCCUCGAUGUUUUAAGAAGACAAGUGACCAUUGGAAAUCUGUACAAAACCGAUAAGCUUGUGAUAGAGGUCAAUCAGAAAUAGGAAAGAUAUGGAACUGCCGCACGUUUAUUUGUUUGUUGCAAGGUACAGCAGUGUAUACUUCUGCGGGUAUAUGCGUGGACUAUUUGUGUAAAUAAAGGAUGAACGAUUACGAUAUUGAAAAUACUUAAAAAUUAUUUAAUAAAAGUUAGUUGUGAUUUAUUAAAAUGUCUCUUCUAAUAUAUUACAUAGUCGAUAUGAUUUUGAAAUAAAAUCUUUUACUUUUUAUUAAA